GAGCUCUGGGGUUUCUGAUGCUUUGAAGGUGUUUCUCAAGAGAUUCACGCUGAGGAACGACCAGAAUUAGACCAAAACACUCGGUGGAAACCUGCCCUAAUGCUGCAAAUGUGUGUGUGUGUGUGUGUGUGUGUGUGUGUUUUCAGCAUGGAGGAGUGUGAAGCGCUCUGCACCCGCAUGGCCAUCAUGGUGAACGGACAGUUCAAAUGCCUGGGCAGCAUCCAGCACCUGAAGAGCAGGUUCGGGGACGGAUACACACUGAUCAUACGUGUGUGUGCCGAUCAGGCCGACCUGUGCACAGUGGAGACUUUUGUGCGUGACACAUUUCCCGGCAGCACUUUGAAAGAGAAACAUCACAACACUCUGCAGUACCAGAUCCCGCAGGGAGAGGGAGCCCUCGCACACAUCUUCAGCCAACUCAGCAAACACCAGCAGCUGCUGCAUGUGGAGGAUUACUCUGUGUCACAGACCACACUAGACCAGGUUUUUGUGAGUUUCGCGCAGCAGCAGCGUGAUGAAGAGGACGGAGCGUUUGAGAACGACGUGGAUCUGAAUGAUGAAAUACAAACAUCAGCGACAUGAAUCAAACACCAAUCAGCAGAAACCAGGCACUUUACUAGAGUUAUUUUAUUUAUUCGACAUCUAAAUCUCCAUGUAGGCCACCAAGAUUUGAAGAUGUAAAACGUCCAACCAAGAACAGAGAGAAAACCUUCAGGACAACUCAGGGAUCGUUUUUAUACAAAGUUUUUAUCAGUGAAAUAUCUGUCAAAUUUGCACUGUGCAACAUUAUAUGUUUUUAAUGUCUUAUUUCUGUACACAUUGUAUUUUUUGCCAAAUGCAAAGUGAUUAUAAAUUUAAAUUUGCAUUGUGUAUUGUAACAAAAACUGAAGGACUAAUUCACACUUUAUUUUUGGGAGAUUUGGGGUUUAUUUUUGACUUUCUAUCAAAGAACAGAAAGACAUUUCAGCUUUAUUGUCAGUUUAUUUUCUAGUUGUCACUUGAACUUAUUGAAGGACCACAUGCAUUGAUUUUUGCUUAUGAAUCUCAGGACUAAAAUGUCAUGCACUUUAGAGCAGCGUUUCCCAACAUGUACUGUCUUACAUACC